UUGUCCGUGCUGGAAAAGAUCUAAAUGUCCACUGCGUGUGCGUAAUAGGCCCGUGGCCCUUCGCCAAACUGGGAGAUAUAGUCUAUAACACAAACAGGCGAAUAAGUCAGAAGUUUUAUGUCCGUCACUGCUCCUCGGUGCGGAUUUAAAGCUUUAAAGGCACUCGUCGAGCGAUCAGCCCGGGAAGAAAAAAAAAAAAGAAUCCCCUACAGUCUCCCCCAUAAAACUUGUGCCGCCGUCGCUCAUUUCAAUCACGUAAGACCCCUAAUGGCGUUGUCCGGGCGAGGGUGUUACGUAUAUCUCUACAAGCUUUUCUGACAAGCCGGGCGUCUUGUUGUUGUUUGUCUAAACUGUGGAGCCACCAAGGUGUUGCCUCAGAGAGUUUAAGCACGCCGAUAUUGCAAAGGGUUAUUAGAUUCAUAAGUCAGCGAAGUGGUGGGCGAUCUACUGAGCACAGCAGAAGUUCUCAUAUGAUGACUUCAAACAAGACACAUUACCUUCCAGCAUCUGUUGGAGUGAGUGGAUAUUAAGACACUUCUAUCUCCAGGACAGCGUAGGGGGAAAAAUGCACGUUGGACAGAGGCACCGGAGUCGUGCAUGGACUAACACGCCGAGUGGACGCCAACUCUCUUUCUCUCUUUUCCCAACCCCCCUUUGCCAAACCUGGGAUUGUUUUUUCAACUUUUGCGCACUGUCAAAGUUGAAAUGUUAGGGGCGUCUAGUCUUUUGCACAGCACAUUCUCUGUACCUAUAAGCCCCCCCACACUGCGUUAAACUUUGGGACAUGCAAGUCUUGGUCGCGGAGAUCUAACCACGCACAUAGUGGUUGUCAGCCCCUUGUAAAGUUCCACCAGGUUAGAAGAGUGAUGACCAUCCUGUUCCUUACUAUGGUUAUUUCAUACUUCAGUUGCAUGAGAGCUGCGCCCCUGAGAGACGCCCCGGGCAUGCGGGGCCAUUGGACGGAAGGCUACCUGGGCGCUGCUGCGACGGCCCCCCGAGGCCAUGGGACUCCACAGAGUGGCGGCGGGCCGGGCCAGCGCGAGGAGCUCCCCUCGCUCACAGACACAUUCGAGCAGGUGAUAGAGGAGCUGCUGGAAGUGGAGGGUGAGGCGGUGCAGCUGGGACAGGGGGCCGACAAGAGUCAGGGAGGUGGGGGCCCGUCGCCCGUGGCCACCGCAGAGGCCAAUGAUGUCGAUCUGUACAACUCGCGGGUGAUGAUCAGCAACCAAGUGCCUUUGGAGCCGCCGUUGCUCUUUCUCCUGGAGGAAUACAAAAACUAUCUGGAUGCUGCGAACAUGUCCAUGAGGGUGCGGCGGCACUCCGACCCCUCGCGGCGUGGAGAGCUCAGUGUGUGUGACAGUAUUAGCCAGUGGGUGACAGCUGUGGAUAAAAAGACGGCGAUAGACAUGUCUGGGCAGACAGUAACCGUCAUGGAGAAGGUCCCUGUCCCCAAUGGCCAACUGAAGCAAUACUUUUAUGAGACCAAAUGCAACCCCAUGGGGUACACAAAGGACGGCUGCAGAGGAAUAGACAAGCGGCAUUAUACAUCCCAAUGCAGGACAACCCAGUCCUACGUGCGAGCGCUCACCAUGGAUAGCAAAAAGAAGAUUGGCUGGCGGUUUAUAAGGAUAGACACUUCAUGUGUAUGCACAUUGACCAUUAAAAGAGGGAGAUAGUGUAUAAAAUGUAUAGAUUUUAUUGAAGAGUUUAAAAAAGAGAAUAAAGAGAAAAUAUCUAUUUGUAUAUAUACAUAACAGGGUAAAUUAUUCCGUCAAAUGAAAAUUUUAUGGACUGCAUGUAAAAAAAGAUGAAGUUUAUACAGUAAAGUGAUACUACAGUCUAUUUAUUGAACAUAUUCAUGACCUUGUAAACAAUUAAAAAAAAUCUGAUCAGUCA